AUGUGCAUCGGCAUCGAACCAAGACCCACUGUUCCUGACAGGUUCUCCAGGGCUCAAGUGACGCACCACCAACACAACCACAUCAUCAUCAACCACUACCACGGCAUCAACUCCCCGCCAUCCCACCACAAACACCACCACAUCACUAUCACAGCCGCACCACCAACACAACCACAUCAUCACAACCACUACCACGGCAUCACCGCCGCCGCCACCACAACACCACCACCACAAUAUCACCACAACAUCACUACCACAACCACACCACCAACACAACCACAUCAUCACCACCGUUACAACACCACCACUACCUCGGCAUCAGCGCCGCCACCACAACAAGAGAACCACAAUAUCACAACAACAUCACUGCCACAACCACACCACCAACACAACCACAUCAUCACCACCGUUACAACACCACAACCACUACCUCGGCAUCACCGCCACCAUCACAACAACACCACCACAAUAUCACCACAACAUCACUACCACAACCACACCGCCAACACAACCACAUCAUCACCAUCGUUACAAAACCACCACUACCUCGGCAUCACCGCCACCACCACCACGACACAUCAUCACCAUUCCACCCCCACAUCAUCACCAUUCCAACCCCACAAUAUCACCAUAACGUCACCACAUCACCACCACACCACCCACCGCCACCACAUCACCGCCGUCACAACACCACCGCAUCGUCGCCACCACCACAGCAACCCUAACACAUCAUUACCACCACAUCACCGCAACUACCACCACCAUUACCACAACCACAGCGCUCACACAUUACCACAUCACCGCAACUACCAAUCACCAUCACCACCACAUCACCGUCACCAUCACAUCACCGUCACCACCACAUCACCGUCACUACCAGAUCACUGUCACCAUCACAUCACCGUCACUACAAGAUCACCGCCACUACCACAUCACCGCCACUACCACAUCACCGUCACUACAACAUCACCGUCACGACAACAUCACCACCGAUACCACAUCACCGUCACUACCACAUCACCGUCACUACCACAUCACGGUCAUCAUCACAUCACCGUCAUCAUCACAUCACCAUCACUACCACAUCACCGUCACUACAACACCACCGUCACCACCACAUCACCGCCACUACCACAUCACCGUGACUACAACAUCACUGUCACCAUCACAUCACCGUCACCACCACAUCACCGUCACUACAACAUCAAAGUGACUACAACAUCACUGUCACCAUCACAUCACCGUCACUACCACAUCACCGUCACCACCACAUCACCGCCACCACCACAUCACCGUCACUACUACAUCACUGUCGCCACCACAUCACCAUCACUACCACAUCACCGUCAGUACAACAUCACUGUCACCACCACAUCACCGUCACAACCACAUCACCAUCACUACCACAUCACCGUCACCACCACAUCACCGUCACUACCAGAUCACCGCCACUACCACAUCACCGUCACCACCACAUCAUCGUCACCAGCACAACAACACAUCAUCACCAUUCCACCACAAACACCCCCACAAUAUCACCGGAACGUCACCAUGCACAUCACUACCACAACCACACUACCCACCGCUACCACGUCACCACCGCCACAAUACCACCGCAUCACCGCCACCACCACCACAACCCUAACACAUCAUCACUACCACAUCACCACAACGACCACCACCACUACCGCAACCACAGCGCUCACACAUUACCACAUCACCACCACUACCAGAUCACCGUCACCACCACAUCACCGUCACUACCACAUCACUGUCACCAUCACAUCACCGUCACUACCACAUCCCCGUCACUACCACAUCACCACCACCAUCACAUCACCGUCAUUACCACAUCACCGUCACUACAACAUCACCGUCACUACCACAUCACCGUCACUACCACAUCACCGUCAUCAUCACAUCACCGUCAUCAUCACAACACCGUCACUACCACAUCACCGUCACCACCACAUCACCGUCACCACCACAUCACCACCACUACCACAUCACCGUCACUACCACAUCACCGUCACCGAUUACCACAUCACCACCGAUACCACAUCACCACCGAUACCACAUCACCGUCACCACCUCAUCACCGUCACUACCACAUCUCCGUCGUGUGUUUAUGUCCGUGUGUGA